UACCAGACCAAGUUAUCGAUAUUUCACCACAGCUUGAAGAAACAGCUUUAAAUGAAAUCGAUCAACUUAUCGGAAGUUUGGAUGAACCAAUUAAUAAUUCGAUUCCUAUCUUAGAAGAAGAAUUAAAUGAACAAAAUCUACUUGUGAAAAUAAAGGAAGACCUCAUGCAACCUCUUGAACCUCAGAAAGCCUCUCGAAUCUCACCUUUCAAAAGAACAACUUGGAAGGAAAAACUUAAUGAUAUUUUGGAAAAACUUCCUACUCAUGUCAAGUCAAGAGAAAACCAGAUCAAAACUCUUGAAGCUUACUAUUAUUUGAGAACUCUUAUCCAAGAAAAUGAAGCUAACCAGAAACAGAUUAAAAAAUGGAUACAGGAAACCAAUGGUGCUUACAAAGCUCAAAACAUUUGGAAAGGAGCUU